CAAUUUUUUAUUCAAAAAAGAAAAAAAUAGCUUUAGAACUUUGUUUAUUUCCUCUCUCUCUCAUAGUUGACUAUUUAAUAAGAAAUGGACAAUUUCUUUAAUUUGCCUCUAGAUAACCCAUUCUUGUUAUAAAAAGACAGUAACCUUUCUGGAGAUAAGUCUUUUCUUAUUUUGUGUGUUAGUGUGUGGAGAGAAGAUUGUGUUCAAAAAAAAAAAAGUGUGUGGAGAGAAGAUACGAAACAGAAAGAUAUCCUCAUGGCUCAUGGGAGAUAUGAUAAUAACUGCAAAAAGAAAAGUGGACAGGUUCCGAGGUUUGGAGAAUGGGAGGAAGCAAGUGAGAUGCCAAUAACACAAUACUUUGAGAAUCCAAGACAAGCUGGUCUGCUUCGUCACCAUCAUCACUCCAUUUCUUCUUACACAACCACUUCAUCUUCAUCUUCUUCUUCUUCUUCUUCUUCUUCUUCUUCUUCUUCUUCUUCUUCUUCUUCUUCAGCAGAAGCCCUAAAGCUUGCUUCUCACCAUCCCCGUCCACGUCACCUACAUCCUUCAAGACAGACGGCGGGGACGAAUGAAAGGAGGCGCCCACAAAGGCGCGUGCGUGACGUCAGUGCACAGACAGACAAGUAUUAUGUAGACGUCACUGGAGUGAAGCAGCACCAAAACAACGUUGCCUCAGCUUCGAGGCCACCUAAGCCCGUUGAUGAGGAUCUCUACAAGAUUCCUCCUGAGCUUUUAUAUUCUUCAAGAAGGAAGAGAAUGCCUGGCUUUUUAACAUGUUUGGUUCCAUGCACGUCUUAAACUGAAAAGGAAGAAUGAAGAGAAGGAGAAGAAAUAGUAGGAUCAUGCAUGAAUCGAAUAAUGUAAUUUGUAUUUUUAUAAAUUUAAUUUCACUCAAUAUACAUAUAUAUGAUCAGUAGCGGCCCUGGUAGGAAACGGAGGAAGCAUCAGCUUCCAGCCGUCUUAAAAUACAUAACUUAUCGGCCUUCAUUU